UCGACCCCCUCUUAGCCCCAUGCCACCCCCGGGGGCCUGGGCAGCAGCAGCUGCUUGCAGAAGUCGAGGUCCGCAGAGCCGGGGAGCCGAGGACCCUGUGGUUCCCUACACCCCCAGGAGGCUGAGGCAGUGCCCGCCCAGCCCAGAGCCGGAGGGGGCCUCCACGCCCAGUGCCCCGGCUCCACUCUGCCUGUCCCCCGGCACCUCUGAGUCCAUCCUGCCGCACCUGAGCAGUCCACGCCGGGAGACCCACGUGCCCAGGACCGUGCGCAGCCACCUGUGGGGUCACAAGGGCCCGGUCAAUGGCAUCCAGUGGUGCCCAGUGCCUGCCAGCAGCCAGCUGCUCCUGUCGGCCUCCAUGGACAAGACCUUCAAGGUGUGGGACGCCGUGGACUCCGGGCGAUGCCUGCAGACCUACAACCUGCACAGCGAGGCAGUGCGGGCUGCCCGAUGGUCUCCCUGCGGCCGGCGCGUCCUCAGUGGUGGCUUUGACUUCGCCUUGCACCUGACAGACCUUGAAACAGGAACCCAGCUGUUCAGUGGUCGAAGUGAAUUCAGAAUCACUACCUUGAAAUUUUAUCCGAAAGACCACAACAUUUUUUUAUGUGGCGGUUUCAGCUCCGAAAUCAAGGCUUGGGACAUCAGGACCGGCAAGGUGGUGAGAGGCUACAAGGCGACCAUCCAGCAGACCCUGGACAUCCUCUUCCUGCAGGAGGGCUCCGAGUUCCUGAGCAGCACUGACGCUUCCACCCGGGACUCUGCAGAUCGCACCAUUAUUGCCUGGGACUUCCGGACCUCUGCCAAAAUCUCCAACCAGAUUUUCCAUGAGAGGUAUACCUGCCCCAGCCUCACCCUGCACCCACGGGAGCCUGUGUUCCUUGCGCAGACCAACGGCAACUACCUGGCCCUCUUCUCUGCCGUGUGGCCCUACCGGAUGAGCAGACGGCGGCGCUACGAAGGGCACAAGGUGGAAGGCUAUGCCGUGGGCUGUGAGUGCUCCCCCUGUGGUGACCUGCUGGUGACAGGCAGCGCCGACGGCCGGGUCCUGAUGUUCAGUUUCCGCACCGCCAGCCGGGCAUGCACACUGCAGGGACACAUGCAGGCCUGCGUGGGCACCACCUACCACCCUGUGCUGCCCUCUGUCCUUGGCACCUGCUCCUGGGGAGGUGACAUCAAGAUCUGGCACUGAUGGCUGGCAUGUCCUGGCUUGGCUAGGAGGGAGCGCAAGUUGGCACCACAGAGAACUUCGUGUCAGACCUGGGCAUAGGCUGCCUCAGUUUCCUCAUCUGUAAACGGGACAGGAGCGUGUUUGUCUCAGGGUUUUGAGGGUCAUGUGAAUGAAAACACCUGCCAGGAGGCUGUGUGGCCCAGCAAA